UAGUGUAUAGUGUAAGCGAUGUCAGGCCACCACAGCCAGUCUGCCCCUAUCGCCUGUUGUAGUAAUAAUUAGUAGUACACGUUCUGUACGAACUUUAUUCACACCAAUAAUGACUGUGUGGUGCGGCGCAGUGUUAAUUAUGGCUUGUGUCAGUCUCUCAGCAGGUAAAGGGCAAAACAUUGCUCUGAACAAACCAGCAUGGAUGAGCACAUCCUGGCAAAACCGCAGUGCCAGUAAAGCUGUAGACGGAGUUAUAAAUACAAAGAACUGGCGGAUGUCAGCCCAUACUGAUGUGUACCAACCAUCAGCUUGGUGGAAGGUGGAUCUGCAGACAGAAGUACGGUCACCUCAAGUAAUUAUCUAUUUCCGAAGCGACUUCAAGGUUCGACGUAACGGAGUACAGUUCUACACGUCAGUGACAAAUUCAUCUGAUCCUAAAGAGGGCGAUUUAUGUUAUACGGUCAGAGGACAGCAAAAUGGCGCGGACAUCCCUGACGUACUGAAUGUGACCUGUCCUGGAGCCUGGCGCUACCUGACUGUCUACACAGAGACAGGAAAUGAUAAGCAUGGCCCUAUCCUAGACUUUGCCGAGAUACAGGUGUGGAAGGAAAAUAUCGAAACAAGUGAUGAUGGUCAGGAGACUCUCUCACAGGCUACAACGUGGAUUGUGUUGACACCAAGUUUCACGCCAUUACCCACAGAACACGAAUGUGGAGCAGGAAAAUGGUAUGGAACCAAUUGUAUGAAGUCAUGUGCUGAGCGUCAAUGUAAGCAUGUGUCCGGCUGUGAUGUGAUACAAGGGAGGUGUGAUGGUGGAUGCAUGGCUGGAUGGUAUGGAACGGACUGUACACAGGAAUGCUUUCAGGGCCUUGAAUACGGAGCUAAUUGUGUGGGUAACUGUAAUACCCGAAUGUGCGAGGGAGGGUCAGUCUCCUGUCCCCGGGAUACGGGUCGAUGUGAGUUAGGCUGUCAGUCGGGGUGGACGGGAGAAGACUGUAUCAAAGAAUUAAGGACAUGCACCCCCUCCCCCAACAAUAUCAGUGUUCUUGAUAUCAUUGUGGGCAUAAUGGUGGGCGUGCUACUCGUUCUGGUUCUUGGGCUCUAUCUUCGUUCACUUAAAAAUGGGAAGUUGCACUGGAACUGUCGACCAGUGCAGGGACAACAGAUCAUUGACGUGCCUAAAUUCGCUGAUGUACAUGCUACAAAAGACUCGAACAAUGUAAACAUCAUAGAAGACAUACUGUAAACACAUAUGCACAAUGUACACGGAUUGUGUUUACUGAUGGGAGAAGAAUGUCCAUUGGUUGAGAGAGAGAAGGUUUCCUUCAAGAAUGGAAUUGUAGAAGUGAUGUAAACGUUGUGUAAAGAACUGUCUAUACAAAACAUGUGCAUGUAUUGUAUUACUUGGUUUAUUCACACUGUGUAACAUCUAUCGCUCAUGAUUGAUAUUUCUGAUACUUACCGUUAAUAAAAGCACACGAUUACUUUGAUUGUUUAUUAUGCCCCGAGAUUUUCUUUACCCGAAUAAACAUAUUUGAGUUAU